AUGUGGCCGAAGCUUCGUCCGGCAGCCGCGCUUCUGAGGGCGAGCCAAUGGGAGCUGCUCCGGACGAGACUUCGGCCUGGAAGUGCAAGCAGAAGGUGGCUCUGCUCGGCAGCUGCGCCGGUGAAGAUCUCCAAGGAACGCCUUCAUGAGUUUCUGCAAGCGGAGGUGGUCUUCUUUGCUGGGCUGGAGCCGAAAUCCAUCACUCUCCGGCAGAUCCUCGACGCAAAGACUCCGAAGCAAGCGGCGAAGCUUGCAUACCGAGAGCUCCCCAUCCGCUACGCGCAGCGGAUCCUUCAGAUCGAGGGCCUUCCUGGCUGGGAAGCUGCGCCGGAGCUCGUGGAGGUCCACCGGCUGUACUCGGAGAACUUCAAAGACAUCCGACUGGUGGAUUUGGACAUGGAGGACUUAGAGCCUUUCACCUCGGUCAUCGAGACCAUCAAGGGCCGCAUGAAGGAGGUCAUCCCAAUGCUGGCUGCCCGGCUGAUCUUUAUAGGGCUGAAGAAUCGGAUCAAGGGCUCAGGAUUGCAGGGGGCCACAGGGGCACGUCUACGCAUUCAUUCGCCUUUGAAGUUUCGGACACCGAGGCACUGA